AUGGUUCUCAAGGCCUUCUCUAGGCUUGUGAUUACCUCCAGUGGCAGAAUCCCUGGCCACACGCAAAUUGCACACGCUCUAGGACAGAAGAGCUGCAAUAUCGUGAGUAUUGAUUGGCUCCUCAGAUCGUUCGAAAAGAACCGGGCUCUUUCUUCGAAGAGCUUUUGGCUUAGGCCAACCCAGAGCGAAGCUGAAAAUGUCAGCCCUGUGACAAAAGAAGGCGACUCACAACAGAAGAAACGCAAAUUUACCAGUGGCGUAGGAGAUGAGAAAAGUUCGGUGGAGCGUGCGAAGGAAAUGAUCCAGGCCAAUAGGGAGUACCUGGCUGAUCGUGUGGAUGAGGGAUACCAAGGCGACAGUAAGAAUAUCCUUGGAGAAUCAAUAAUUUGCAUCUCAAUUUGA